UUUUUGUCCCCAUAGGAAUACCUUGAAAGGAUGUCUACGGUUAAAGAUAAAUGUCACUGUUUUUUAAAAAAGUCUUCCAAGUGAAUGUAAUACAUGAAAAAAAAAUUAGUAACACUGAGUUAUAUGUGUUGAUGGAAUUAGAAAUUUAAAAAUUGUAAUUCAAAGCCACUGCCAAGUCACAAUUUCCCCAUUUUUCUUUACAGAUGAACCGCUUAGCUGUAUCUGUUCUACAUUCACCAUAACCAUGCAGGUGAACAGCAGUGUGAAUGAGUUCAUUCUGUCUGGACUGACACAGGAUGUACUAAUGGGGAAAGUAAUAUUUGCGACCUUCUUGUUUCUAUACUUCAUGACUCUCUUGGCAAACUUCCUUAUUGUGAUGACCAUAAGAUAUAGCCAGACACUUGGGAGCCCCAUGUACUUCUUCCUUUUCUAUUUAUCAUUUGCUGAUGCCUGUUUUUCAACAACCACUGCUCCUAGAUUGAUAGCAGAUUCCAUAUCUGAAAAGAAAGUCAUCUCCUACAAUGAAUGCAUGAGCCAGAUCUUUGCAGUUCACUUCUUUGGGUGCAUGGAGACCUUGGUGCUCAUCCUUAUGUCCUUUGAUCGCUAUGUGGCCAUUUGUAAGCCCCUGCGGUACACAACCAUCAUGAGCCAACGUGUCUGUGUUAUACUGGUGAAUCUGGCCUGGGUGGGGUCUUGCAUCCAUUCUUCAGCACAGAUUUUCUUGGCUUUGAGAUUACCCUUCUGUGGCCCCAAUGUUAUCGAUCACUAUUUCUGUGAUAUGCAACCUUUGUUGAAACUUGCCUGCAUGGAUACAUAUGUCAUCAACCUACUCAUUGUGUUUAACAGUGGGGCCAUAUGCAUGAUGAGUUUCAUAAUGCUGCUUAUCUCCUAUGCUUUUGUUUUACAUUCUCUGAGUAAUCAGAGUGCAGAAGGAAGGUGGAAAGCCCUUUCCACCUGCACCUCCCACAUUAUUGUUAUCAUUUUAUUCUUUGUACCAUGUAUAUUCACAUAUACUCGCCCUUUAACUCUAUUUCCAGUGGAUAAGUUGGUGGCUGUGUUUUACACUAUUGUGACACCUUUGCUCAACCCUCUGAUUUACACUCUGAGGAAUGCAGAAGUCAAAAAUGCCAUGAGAAAGUUAUGGUGCAACAAACUCUGACUCAACAUGGCAAAGAGCAGAAGAUGCUAAUUGUUAAUUCUGUCAUUCAUUAAAUAAAAUUGGAUAGAUGCAAAAGAGAAAAUGUUCUACUUCCAGUGUAGACAAUAUAAUCCUCUUCCAGGAGAUGUUUGAGGGGAUAGGUAGACUAUAUAGAUGACAGAUCUGAAUUAUUUGAAGCCAGUGUCACACAGAAUGAGAGAAUAUGAAAUACCACCAUAUUUGUGGCAGCACAAGCCCAUUCCUCACUCUCAUUCUGCAUUGAGACCUUUGUUCUUUUGAGGCUUGUGAGCCAGAGCCUGCUGUUUCUGUAAGUUUCCGGUUUUGUACAUUAUUAUUUUUUCAUGCUUCUUAUCCAUGUUUUGUACUUUGUUUCUGAUUUCCAUCAUCCGUGUUGUUAGCAAAUCAGCCCUGGUGCUACUGAGUCUGUAUCAUGUCUUUUCUGGCGCAAGAGUCAAUAACAUCAAGUCUCUCCCAGAAACAUAUGCUCCACAAGGAGCAUAGAUAUCAACUAGUAAAGCCCCUAUUUGAAGCUUAUCUACCCUUUGUAACACCCUUAAAAAUUGGCCUUUCAUUUGCCUGCCUAUGUACAGGGAAAUAACGUCACUUUCUAUUCCAAUAGGACAAUUCUAGUUGUAAAAAAUAUAUUCAUUGUAAUGAUCCAUAAUUUAUCUUUAUGUAUAUUAAUAUAUUUUUACUUUUCAUGUCCAUCAUUAUUUUUGUAUUACUUAGUUUUACAUAUGUACCUACUUUUGUAAUUCAAGUUCAUGGGUCCUUCCCUAAUCUUUGGUGGUUGAAUUAGUGGCAAUUUUAUAAAAUUGUGAGAGUCAUAAAAACUAGCACCUCAUGGAUGAGAUCAUAAUAUAAAGGCAACAACCACAUAUAAAACAGAGCUAAUGCCAUAACAACCCAUCCAAAGAGACGAUGUCCACAGUGAGAUUCCCAGCUUGGGAACACAGAACAAAAUACAUCAAAGAAGCUAAAUGUCUCAUUAGAUAUAAUCCAUAGUCCUAUUGCAUGGAAGUGUUUUACUGACUAGUGGAUUGGACUGGCCAGUUGCCUAACAUGUACACUUCUGACUAAGGAGAGACUUUUCAGUCUACAGAUAUUGCAAUUGUACAUUGAUCAAGCAAACUUUGUCUAGUAAUUGGGCUUCCUAUACAAGCCCUGCCUGGAAAGGAAGAUAUUGAUCAGUGACUGGGGUAAGUAUUUUGGUGUUUUAAUUUCUAUUUUUUCAUAAAUCGUUAAACUUAUAUUCUGGUUCAGGUACUGUUAACUAAUAAGUAUAGACAAUAGGAGCCAUUUAUGAAGAGUGGGCAUGGAUCCUCUCUCUGAGAAUAAAUAUAAAGAUUAUUUUCCUUCAUAUCUGAAGAUUAGACCAUAAUAUGUGGCAGAUGAUGCCAUGUAAUGCCAUUUUGAGAUGUUUUCAUGACCUUGCCUUCUUGGGAAUAUGUCACUGAUGGACUUUAAAACUCUGAUAAUAAAGUUUGGAAGAUCUGAUUAUAUUCCCAUUUGUAACAACUUCAGAUGUUAACUGGUCUUAUUGGUUGAUCUUUCAUUAUGUAUAAAAGUAUUGAAUUACAAUUUUGUA